AUGCAACUGUUCGAAGAUCUCUACUUGAAAAGACUCAUGCCGACGAUGAUCACAUACAAUGCAGUCAUUGGCAUUGGCUCUUGUGGAGAAAGCGAGAACUUCAUACAAGAGGCCCAGGGCAGGAGGCUCUCACCAACCGUUAUCACCUACAGCUCAGCAAUUAGUGCCUGUGAAAAGACUGGGGAAUGGCAACAGGCGCUUGUAUUGCUCCUGAAUUCACGUCUGCAGCAGCUUUGCAAUAUCAUCACCUUCAGCUCAGCGAUCAGUGUUUGUGAGACUGUUGGAGAUUGGUGGAUGUCGUUGCUGCUGAUGCAAACACUUAAAGAAGAUGAAGUGGAAGCCCAUGUCAUCACCUAUAAUUCUUUGAUCAGCGCCUGCAGCAAAGGAGACCAGUGGAUCCUUGCGUCCCACUUCUUCGCCGAACUUGCCCACCGGCACUUUCAGCCAGAUGUAUUUUCUUACAGCUCUGCAAUAAGUGCGUGUGAGAAGUCUGGAAAGUGGCAGGAGGCCCUUCAGCUCCUCUCGUUCCUGUGGAACUCCCGCGGGGCAAAUGUCGUGAUUUGCAGCUCUGCCAUCAGUGCAUGUGGCAAGGGUCAGGAGUGGCUUCGCGCACUGCAGCUCUUCCACUCUUUGGACGUUUGGUCCGUGGAAGCAAACCUCAUCAGCUACAGCUCUGCUGUCAGCAGCUGCGAGGAGAGCCGCGCUUGGCGCGAGGCCUUGGAGCUUUUGGAAGAAAUGCAACGAGCGACGAUUUUCCCCGAC